UGCCCUUCUUCUCCUCCUCCGGUCCACCAUACAUAUAUAGCAGUCAAUAAAUAGAUGGAACGGCUGGCUCGGCUCAUUCCUCACUGCUAAAUCUGCAGUGCCCUACUGGGGAGGAGUAAAUCGCAUUGAAAACUACGAGCUUAUCGCAUACCAAAUAGAAAGAGGAAGAAGAAGAGAAAAACAGAAGCCUCCAAGGAGGAGAAGAGGAGGACGACGACGAAUCAGCCAUGGAGACGGCGGCCUCUUCGUCGUCCAUGUUUUCUGCACACCCAUGCUUGCUGCUGCAGUACAUCGUCCGGGCUUGCGCAGGCUACCUGCUGGGUCUGUGUGGUGGUUCUGACGGUGAUGGCGCACAGCCUAGCACUGCUUCUGAUACCGCGGCUACCUCUCAAGGAGAACUCUCGGAGGGAGGCAGCAAGCCGACUGUUAGAGAUUUGGCUGGCGCUCAAGUGCUGGCUAGAAGAAGAAAGCCUCCAGGGAGGCCCGGUGGCCCAAGAGAAGGGAGAGGUGGCAGCGGUGGGUCACACAACUAGCUAUGCAGGCUUAGUCCUCUCAAAAAAAAAAAGCUAUUCAAGUUUAGUAUACUGGAUGUAUUUCGUCAAAAAAAUAAUAUACUGGAUGUACAUACAGAUGUUGUCGGGUACUCGGGUGUAUGUACGGAUUACGCGCGGGAUUCGUUCCUUCAUGUUUGCAGUUUUAAAAUUGAAGCUUUAGGGGUUGGGGGAUCGUCUCAUUUCAACAAAGGAAAAACAUGAUUGCCAAGUACUUCCUCCGAU